AUGGCGGUGAGCCCACUGGAACAGGCUCUCAUCGAGACAUGGACUCUAUACGGGUUUGGAAGCAUCGCUAUUAUGCUGAGAGUUUUCUCGCGCACGAGGAUGGUCGGUAUCGCUGGUUGGCAUCCGGACGACUACCUGAUAUUCUUUGCGUGGGCUUGUUACACAGGCAUGACGGUAGCUGCUCACAUCGUAGGAGGAACCGGCGACACGUCGCAUCUCACGAUGCAAGAACGACUGUCGUUCACCCCUGAGCAAGCGGCUGCACGCCAAAGAGGCAGCCAGUGGUUCAUGGUUGGUUGGUUCACCUACAUCGGCUUGAUCUGGACUCUGAAGUUGAACAUGUUGUUUCUCUACAGACGAGUGGUCAGUGUAGUAUGGGUGAAGAUGUUCAUCGUCCCCACCAUGGUGUUCGUCGGCGCAACCGGCAUCUCUAUCUGGAUUUUGCUCGGGUCAGCAUGUCGCCCUUUUCACAAGAUAUGGCAGAUUCUUCCGGACCCAGGCAAAUACUGCAUGCCGCAGAGUCCGGCAUUUUUGGUAACCAUAUUGGUGCUAAAUCUGUUGACGGAUGUAUGCAUCAUGCUCAUCCCCAUCCCCAUCAUCAUCCCACUCAAAAUCUCGUGGGGCCGCAAGAUUGGAUUGAUGAUUAUGUUCUCCGGCGCUAUGUUCAUCAUGAUAGCAGCAAUCUUGCGGGUUUAUUUCGUCAUGGCGCUUCAACAAGGCCAAACAGCGGCCAUCUGGUCUUGUCGAGAAGAUAUUGUCGCAAUCAUCAUCGGUCAAGCCACCAUCAUUCGUCCUCUUUUUACCCGCCGGUUCUGGAGUGGCAACUACGACAGCUCCAACUCGUACCCAUCGAACAAGCCAUCACACGGCUAUGAGUCCCACGAGCUAUCUGGUAGUGGAGGCGACGGAUCAAAGGCGUCGCGUCUGGGAUUCCGCAAGCCAAAGGACCCGUAUAACAUCAGCGUGCUCCAUACGGCGCAAGGAAAUGAGAGCCAGGAGAGGAUCGUUGGAACACAGCAAGACGCCGGUUAUGCAACUCGGGCACCAACUCAAAACAGUGAUCACAGCGGCCGUGGUUUGGAUAUCACAGUCAAGAAGGAAGUUGACGUGUCAGUUUCGGCUGCAAAGCAAGGUCUACAGUCAUCUUGGAAGGCAGUGUGA